AUUUAUAAAAACUAAAAAGAGAAGGUGAACAAAAGUAGCAUGGCGCAUUUUGUCGACAAUCUUGGACAGUUUUUCGAAGAGUUUUUAAGAUGUGUGCGAGAAGGAAUCACAGGACUAAGUGCAGAAUAUGAAGAAAAUCGCGUGGACAGCCUGUUAUGCCGCCUUAGCGAGUUUGAAAGAACCCUCGGGUUAUUAUCAAGUCGUGUUGCCACUCUUGGGGUUGGUGGCAGAUCACCUGAUCAGUUAUUGGAAGAUUUGGAACGGCUCAUAACUUCUGUGCGUCUUCUAAAAACAAGGUAUCAAGCCAGACAUGCCGAAUCAGUGGCGUCUCCUGAUAUGGAAGCAAUACACCUGCCACAACACGGCUGUUCUACUCAGCAUUUAGGGCAUGCUUGUCGGCCAAGACUUGCCGUUGACAAAACUGUUGUUCAACAACUGCGUGAAGAAUCAAUGAAAUGGGUGGACAUUGCAAAAAUUAUUGGAAUUUCAUCCAAAACAUUGACUCGCCGACGCAGGGAAUUUGAUAUGCCUAUUGGUGCUGAUGCAUAUACAUGUAUUGAAGAUGGCGAAUUAGAUGAGCAUGUUCGAGGAAUUUUAAGAAUAAAUCCUGAAGCAGGACUUGGUUUAGUUGAAGGAGGACUCAGAGCAAAAAAAUUAAUGAUUCAGCAGAAACGUGUACGGGAAUCUAUUGCUAGAGUUAACCCAGUUAUCUCAGCAGUCAGAAGACACAAUUUCAAGAUUGUCAGGCGAAAAUAUUCUGUACCUUGUCCAAAUGCCCUCUGGCAUAUUGAUGGUGAUCAUAAAUUAAUUGAACCUUACAGAAUUGUCAUUCAUGGUGGCAUCGAUGGGUUCUCUCGGCUAAUUGUAUUUCUAAGGGCUUCUACAAAUAACAAGGCUAUUACUGUUCUUGAACUGUUUCAAGAAGCUGUUCGUCGUUACAACAUACCAUCCCGUGUUCGUUCAGAUCAGGGCUUGGAGAAUGUUGAGGUUGCUAAGUUUAUGUUACGUGAAAGAGGCCUAAACAGAGGUAGUAUAAUAACUGGCAAGUCAGUUCACAAUCAAAGAAUAGAACGUUUGUGGAGGGAGGUCAAUCGGACUGUAGUAAGCAAGUUUAAGAACGUAUUCAUGUACCUAGAAACAAGUGGAUUAUUUAAUCCCUUGAGUGAAAUUCACCUAUUUUGUCUGCAGUAUGUGUACCUGCCAGAAAUUAACAACUCAUUAGAAGAACUCACGAGAGAGUGGAACUAUCAUGGCCUUACUACUGAGAGCAAAAAAACGCCCAGGCAAUUGUGGAUUGCUGGAAUGUUGUCCAAUAGUGCCACCAAUUACAGGGCUGUUGGAGAUGUUUUAGGAGAUGUUCAGCCAGAUAUGUCUGACUAUGGAAUAGAUGAGGAAGGUGACAUACCAGAACUUCAAACUUCCAACAAUGUGGUUGUUCCAGAAUCUUCUAUAGAAAACACUGAAGAAGUGGAUACUGAUUUGCAACAUAUCCUUGAGGCAGCAAAUGGCGAUGAAUAUUGCAUUCAAAAAUACCUUUCGGUUCUUGAUUAUAUGGAACAUCUUUAUGGUAAUCAAGAAAAUGAAUUUGAAAACAAUGUUUAGCUAAACUUUGGAUAAAUUUUAUUUGGGUAAAGCUUUGCACAAUA